AUGCGUCCCCAACUCGCCCUCAUUACCUCCUCCGACCGCACAGCCUUUGAGAAGCAAGUAUGGACACUCCUCUGCCAGAUCCCCAAAGGAUCCUUUUCAACCUAUGGCCUCAUGGCUGCGCAUAUGGGGUCUUCACCACGAGCUGUGGGCAACGCGUUGAGGCGUAACCCGUUCGCGCCGGGGGUGCCGUGUCACCGGGUCGUGGCUACGGGGGGAGCACUCGGAGGAUUCAAGGGGAAGUGGCCAAAGGAUGGAGAGGGGAUUACUAUUGAUGAGAAGAAGAAGUUGUUGAGGAGUGAGGGAGUGAGGUUUGAUGGAAAGGGAAAGGUUAUUGGUACGCCGUUUCAAGGCUUUGUAUGA